AGCACUAAGUACUUUUACAAUGUCCGUUUCGUUACGUUAGAUAUACGAUACUGACAGCAGAUAUAGUACCCACUAAAUCAUAUUGAAAUAACUAAGUUCUAAUGCAUAUACAUAAAAUAAUUUCGUAGAAUGGCAGAACAAUAAUUUUAUGAAUUGUAUAGAACAGCAUGCAGAACAGUUCCUCGCAUUGUAUUGGAGGGUGACAGGGUGGCACAGUGAAUAGCACAUGUCUUUCACAAAAGCGGGCGUGUUUGAUUCCCCGAUCGGAUGUGAAAAGGUAUAGGGUCACCUGCCCGACCACGUCGGUUUUCUCUGAGUAUUCCGGCUUCCUCCAAAGACCCGCUUUCAUCCGGUCCAAAACGAGUGAUUGAUGUCAGUUAAAAUAACUUGUUUCAUAUUUUCUUUAAUUUACAAAGUUUAUAUUUAAUUUUCGAUUAAAGGAAUACGUACUAUAUGAACUAAUAUUUAUUGAAACGAAGAAAUGAACAACCUUGGCUGACUAAACAAAUGAUGUGAACCCUUAUAAAACGAUAUUGUAGUAGUCAUUUCUAAAUGUCUAUUAAAUCUGAAACACAUGGUGUAAAUUUGUUUUUAAAGAGCUAGUCAUGUGUAAUCGGACCCUCCUGCUAUCGUUACUCGCGAGGACAACUCGCCGUGGUACAUUCAGCAGCCCUGUAAAUUGACGGCUCUGAUACAUAAGUAAUUGGUAGGUUAGAUGUUGGAAAUUAGUUUACACAUUCCAGUCAAAUAACACGAAGUAUUCUCGCCAGCACUUCAAAUUAUCUCUAUUUCGCAAAUAACGACUGAAGCAGUGACCUAAAUUCUGUCUAAUUUAUCUCACAACCGACCUGCUGAUUUUGUGCAGAGGACGCCAUGAUGCAUGGCAUCACUGCCCUGGUACUUUGUAGCACCAUUGCACUCGGCUUAGGCAGUGAAUGUCCAAAUGAGGAGUGGAAACGACUUAGAAACAGUUGUUUCUUUUUCAGUACACAUGAACUUACCUGGAUUAAUGCCAAGUAUUUUUGUCACAGCAUGCCUGGUGUCAAUGCAACCCUUGUGUAUAUUCUUUCUGCAGAAGAAAAUUAUUUUGUGAAGGAAAGAUUGAACACUUACCAGUACAUACAUUUUUAUCAUAUUGGAGCCACAGAUGCAGGACAUGAGGGAGUGUUCGUUUGGGAACAGAAAAACAUGCCUGUCGACAACUACUAUACCAACUGGUGGGACGGCGAACCCAGUUCGACAGGUGAUGAAGACUGUACGGAAAUAAGCACUCGCAACGGACAAUGGAACGACAUACCGUGUUCCGAGAGCCAACGCUUCGUUUGUAGGAUAGAGUUGUAGUCCGUGACAGACGUUCUCAUCCGGUCGUAGACAGAGUUAUAUAACAUUAUUAGACGACUCAUUCCAGCCCUUGUCUAUUUGACUAUUGCGUAGUGUUCCAUAGUGGACGAUGAUUAACAGAGCAAUAUGACGUCACACUUUGGUAUCUGAAUGUAGUACGAAAGAUAAUUUCUCUGAUAUUUUCCUAUCAGAAGACUUCAUUUCAAUUGUUAUGUAUAAGCAAUUCUUUUUUUCUUUUAUGUCAUAGUAAACUACAUUUUCAAGUGCUGUACUGUUUCUCUUAAAUAUUUUUAUUAAUAAAAAACGCUGAUUUACUUUGA